AUGAAGAAAGAGGUAAAUCCUAGUAAAACACUUUAAUUUGUGAGUAUUGCAUAAUUUUGGCGUACACUGUACUGCUGAUUUGACUGUUAAAUGUGUGAAUGCGUGUCCCUCUGUAAUUUCAUAAAAUUACAUUGAAUGAAGAAUCUUUCAGAGAGUUAUGGGGCAGCAAACUAAAGUAUGCACAGAUGAAUGAGCACAAAUCCAAUGUUAAUGGAAGGUAAUAACAAACUUAAUGUUACUAUUGGUUUAAUACUUUUGCAUCUUAGGAAUCAGGGUUUGGCCAUGAAGCAGUGGCUGAUUAGCCUCAUAGAUUAGUAACCUCCCAAAGGAUUUCCACAUAUUUAUACGGACUGGAGACAGAAUUAAGUGGCAGUCAUAUAUACUCACCGUAUAAACUGUCUGGCCUUGUUCUCAUAAUCUGCCAGGAGGAAGUUCAUUGGGAUCACAAGGAGGAAGAAGGCAUUGAAUCGCUUUCAGGAAUUAAAAGCGUUUAAUUGUUUAUAAUUUUGCUCUGUAGUUUACUAUUGUGUUAAGGAUAAAGCACCUAUCCCAAUCCACGUGAGAGGUAGUCCCUUGUCAGUUUUAGAUAAGCAGGUUGUUGGUAAACAGAACAUCCCUUCUCUUUGAGAUGGGAACAGGUUGGAAAUAAAAAUAAUGCUUCAAAAUAAAGUUAUGCUAGGAAGAUGAUGGUAUCAAAGUAUCCCAAGUAGAAAUGCUGAAAUAUUGAGUGCAUUACAUAUCACAGUGGCUUAGUGUAAGUGUUCACUGUAUUUACUAACAGACUAUUCAUGUGUUUUAACAGGUUUUCUUGGUGUGUCCAUCAACGGUAAAGUUCCAUGACCCCCAGUUUAAGUUGAUAAAGCAGUUUUAUCCCCAUCUAAGCAUGGAAGACCCCCCUGACUUGAACAGUUUGUUUAACCCAGCUCAGAUGAAAUCUGUUACCUGUUCAAGCAGUCAUCAGGGGGAUAAAUACCAAGAUACAGGGUUUAUGGAGAGCACCUGUCAAAAAGAUAACAAAGAGAAAGACAGAACUUGGUGGAAAUUCUUCACUUGGCAAGAUCUCAACAGGUGGACUACAUCAGAGCUUUCGUUAAAUCUCUACAGAUACAAGAUGCACUAG